UCGAUUCUCAUUCAGUUGGCUUUCUUAACGCAUUCAAAACGAAAUUUUCAACUAAAAAACAUGUAUUAAACGCACUCACUUCAGAUCGUAACAAAACAAAAACAACAACAAUAUUUCAACCUCAACAAAAAUUUAGUUCAAUUAUUUUUCUAUUUUACUUUUAACUUUUUCGCAAAAUACUAAAAGGAUCCAACUAAGAAGUGCGCAAAUAUCAAAAUAAAGCAAAAUGCUCAAAAUUCCGAAUCUAAGACGUAAACCGUUGCCGUCCCAGGAGCCGCAUGUUAUCAAAAUUGAACGUCCAAUGCCGGGCAAAAAGAUUAGUUUGCUGAAAUCAUCAAAUAUACAACCCCAACCGAUGAAAACCAAAGCCGAACAGGACCAGAAUGUGGCCAAUGAGCUGAAUCGUCGUCUACAAUUGCUGCACGAGCGUGUGAACGAAUGGAAGGCCGUGCGAAAGAAUUGAAAUCCAGGCGCAGACGAGUUACGAUUCCAUUAGUUUAUUUGGUUUCUUCCUUAUUUUUUUUUAAAAGUAUUUUGUCUGUGGCUUGCUGUUGCGAUGGAGAAAUAUCUUUCAUUUGGUCUUAAAAAACUAAAGAAAUUGCAGUCAACUCGAUAUAUAUAUAUAUAGAGCGAGACAGAGAUGCCACACACUUGCUAAAAGUUUUCUUCUGGUUGUAUUUUUGGAAAGUUCCUCUUAUUCUUCAUUUCCGUUCUCAAUAAACAAGCAAACAAUAGAUAAAAGU